AUUGCAAAGAUCAUUCAAUUAACCUCGCUGUGAGCUUGCACCCUCCUUGGCUCGCGGUCCCGGGCGCCUGCGUCCUUGACCCCAAGCGGGGCUUGGCACGGCACUAGACCUCGAGCACAGGCAGCAGGUGCCUUUGCCCGGUGGGUCCGCAGAGGAGCUAAGGCUCCUGGCUGGGGUUCAUGGUGGAUGCUGGGACCCAACUCCUUAUCGGCGGGCUCGCCCUGUCAAUGCGGCUCUCAUAAGUGGAGGCUGUUCCAGCCGGCUGCCAAGGGUAGUUACCUCUGUUGGCACACCAGUGACCGCCCUGCGCGUAAGUCGUUUUCUGGUGGAUCCCAGUGCGCGACGCGCUGUUUACACCAGCUUCAUACUAGUCACCGAGCCGCACCCCUCAAAAAGCGCGGAAUCGAUGAGAGCCACUUUAUAGGCUGGCGAGCCACCGGUGUGGGCUUGAGAAAGUCCGGCAGGGAUUGCCCAGGGAGGGCGUGCGCCACGGACCACUGAGGGCAGCCUUUGUCUUGGGUUUAGCUCUGAUGCGCUUAGACCUUAGUAAGGCUCUUCGCAACUGUCGAGUCGGAUCCGGGGCCCCGGCACCCACCUGCUUGGGCAAGGGGUACCAUUUUGUUACUGCUGCAGGUGGGACUGAAGAGCUGGGACUUAAGACACCAGAGGUCCUUGUGCCUACGGAUGACAUAUUAGAAAUCUCUGACAUUUGGGGACACAAUCAAAUGGAAGUUGGAGAAUGCUUGGAAUGGACUCUUUUGCCUGCCUUCCAGUGUUCUAAGAUAACAUUAGUGGGAGAAAAGCCAGUGGCUCUGCUGGGUCACGAAGUCUUCAUUAUGUUGCUUUUGUUGAUGAUUACACACAAGAACAAGCAAGUGUUGCUGCAGUAGAUGCCUCAUACCUGCCUGGAAUGCAGAUUGCAUGGGAUAGUCCUGAAAUAUGCCACUUUUAAAAAUCUCUGAUUCCUGGAGCUCCUGGCACUCAUGCAUCUAAGUCUUCACUACUUCACUAGAGCAGAUGUUCCCUAGGUGUUCACAGGGAAGACUCCACAAGGCAGUAACCCGAGGAGAAUUCUGAGAGACUCAGUUUCCUGCUGUGAUUAAACAAGACACUGCUGUAUUUUGUGAUGCUGAUGCUGCCUGCUGGUCUGCGGAUUGUGAUUUGAGUGGCAAGAAGUUAAAGGACAGUUUCAGUAAUUGAGAUGAGAGACCGUGGUGGCUUAGAUCAGACAUAGCAAAGGUGGUGUGGGUGUUCAAAUGGAUUUCGAAGAACUGAGCUUGGCAAAGCAAGGAUAUGAACAAUUGUGCAGGUGGGCUACUCAGGGUGAGCGAAGAGAUAAGACAUCCAAUCAGGGACUGGCAACCUGCAGCCCUGCCAGUAUGCCCCUCCACCAGAUUUCCGUAAUCCCAGCACGGGAGACUGCCAGCAAUGGGAGAAGUUCAAUGGGCAGAAACAAAGAGAAGAACAAGGAAGUCGAGAAUGACAAAUCCCCAGGACGAUCUGCGAGUCGAUCAAGUAAUAUUUCAAAAGCAAGCAGCCCAACAACAGGGACAGCUCCCAGGAGCCAGUCAAGGUUGUCUGUCUGUCCAUCCACUCAGGACAUCUGCAGAUCUGCCAUCUUGCAUGAUAUGUCAGAAGAUGCAUUUGAGCAAUGCACCCCUGUCAUGGUGCUGAGCCCUGCUAGGAAGGAGUCUGGUAAGAAAUCAGUAAAACAGAGGCCUAGGAGGAGGAGAAGGGCCUCUGAGAGGUAUGAGCAUGCAGAAGAGCAAAUAAAAGGGAGAAGAAAUGAUUUCAACCUCCAGAUCUCAAGCCCCAGAUGGAGCGAGCUUUACGCGGAUUCUUCAGAUUCAUCUUCCAUAGAUGAAAGUCAUUGGAUUCAGGCAAAAAGAAGAGCCCAAGUUAAAUUCCGACUGUCACGAAGAAGGAGAAAUAAUAAUAAAUCAUGUGGAAACUUGCAUGGGUCUUCCUCUCCUAAUGAAAUUGAUCUGGUAGAUUUGGGAUCCAAAGGUAAAAAGCAGCAAGAGCUAAUUGAAUGUGAGAGUUGCUCUUUAAAUCUCUGCAAAGGAAAAAGCACAUGGUACCAAGAGAACAGUCUUUCCCUUCCUAGAGGAUCCUUUGAGAUUAAGAGAUCCUCAAGGAACCAUGAAGAAAGCAAAGGCAGAUACCACCACAGGGAUCCGCAGCUCUUACAUAGUCUUAGGCAAAAUGAAACAAUCAAGAAAAGAUUUCCAGAGACAGAUUCCAGCACUGAAAUGUUGGCAGUAACAGAAGGCGGCAAGUAUGUGGAUGAUGCAGGAUUCCAGGUGAAUAACUCUGUUCAGAAGCCUCCUGCCACCUACCAUGACGUUUCUGAUAACUUAGAAGUAUGCAGGAUCUGUCACUGCGAAGGGGAUGAAGAGAGCCCCCUCAUCACACCCUGUCGCUGCACAGGCACCCUGCGCUUUGUCCACCAGUCCUGUCUCCACCAGUGGAUCAAAAGCUCAGACACGCGCUGCUGUGAGCUCUGCAAAUAUGACUUCAUAAUGGAGACCAAGCUCAAACCCCUCCGGAAGUGGGAGAAACUACAGAUGACCUCUAGUGAAAGAAGGAAGAUAUUCUGCUCUGUCACAUUCCACGUCAUCGCAAUCACCUGUGUGGUUUGGUCUUUGUAUGUAUUAAUAGAUCGGACUGCAGAGGAAAUCAGACAAGGCAAUGAUAAUGGCAUCCUUGAAUGGCCAUUUUGGACAAAACUGGUUGUGGUGGCCAUCGGCUUCACAGGAGGUCUCGUCUUCAUGUAUGUACAGUGUAAAGCCUACGUUCAGCUGUGGCGCAGGUUGAAGGCCUACAACCGUGUGAUCUUCGUGCAGAAUUGCCCAGACACUGCCAAAAAGCAGGAGAAGAACUUCUCGUGUAACAUAAACACGGACAUCAAGGAUGCUGUGGUAGUGCCUGUAUUACAAACGGGUCCAAAUUCACUGCCAUCUGCAGAAGGCAGCCCCCCUGAAGGUAUACCGGUGUGAUGGAGACAGGUGGGAAGUUCUUCACUGAAGAAUCUUUUCAGCCCUCAGCCACUACAAAUGUCAGAAGUGAUCCCGAAUUAAUCACUUUCUUUAUCUUCUCCCCUUCCUCCUUACGGACUCGUUUUCCCUUACUUUACUCAAAAAGGAGAGGAGGAAAGGACAUCACAUGACCAGGAUCCCAUGAAACAGAGUCUAAAAUGUGAGAUGGAGAUGUGAAAAGCUUGCUAAAGAGUAAUUUCUAAAACAAUUAAAAACCCCUGGAGUAAGGAAUACUUUUAGGCGAUGUUCACCAUCAGACUACAAUGGACACAUGAGUCUUCACGGUAGCAGGGAAAGUUUAAGAAUACAGACUUGAAUUGCAAUGUGUAUUUCUUCUAGGGCCUCGUCAUGUUAACUAUCUCAUCUGGAAAUAACAAAUACAUUUGUUUUUAAGCUUGAAAUUGUCCGCAUUAGCCCUAAGGCACAUCAGAAGCACACUUGGAGGAUGCAUCUUUUGAUAGUCACUUUGACAGAUAACAGAUUUUUAUGGCUAUGGUGGAGUCCAGUUGUUUUGACAGAUGCAUGUUUUAAAAACAGAUACAGUACACAUUUGAAGCUAUUAAUAUUUGGAAUUAUGUUUAAAUCAUGAAAAAAAUAUUUUCAGAGUUUUUUUGAGGUUAAUUAGCUCUGUUAAAUACACACAGAAGUUGUAAUCAAUUAUCAGGUCCCAUAUUUUAUCUAGACCCUCUAAAACAGUGUUGUCUAACAGAAAUAUAAUGUGAGCUAAAAUUCAGGCCACAUAUGUAAAUUUUAAAUUUCUAGUAGCCCCAUUAGAAAAAAGUAAAAAUAAACAGGUGAAAUUAACUUUGAUAUAUUCUAUUUAACACAAUAUAUCCAAGUUAUUUCAAUAUGUCAUCAAUAUUAAAAAUUGAGAUAUUUUAUAUUUUUUUAUGACUAAGUCUUCAAAAGCCACUAUGUGUUUUAUCCUUACAGCAUAUCUCAAUUUGAAUUAACUAUAUUGAGUGACACAGCCCUAAAAUUAGAGACAGAGCCUCUGCUUCAUUUAACAGUUGAAUAUUUCAAAACAGUAGCUUAAUUCAUUCUUUUAUUCAAAGUCCCACAAAUGUUAUAAUUUUACGAAGCACUAAAUUAGUCAAAGUAAAUAUCCUGGUUUAAGAGUUAGAUGAAGUUACUAUUUCACUAAAGGGUGAAAAAACAAACAUAUAUAAAGGUAAAACAAUCUGCUUGUGGCAAAGUCUCGACAUUUAACUUGUUUGCUACAACGAAGCACUUAUGAUAGGAAAAAUAAAAAAUAUUUUUGUUAUUAAGUCGAAUGUGUAAGGCUUCUUUAAAAAAUCUAUACGAGGUGUCAACUUGACAGAUGAGUAGUUAAGCAUUUAGACUCUAUUUUUAAAAGCUGACAGUAUUUCCCUUGCUCAGCUGGGAAGCAAACAUAUUCCACAGGUUCUGUGAUUAGUAAUAAAUUGAGUUGUUUAGAUUUGACAGUUUGGUUGAUUAUUGUGUCCUUUGCAUAUUCAUGUAAAACUGAAGCGUGAAUGAUAUUGCAGUGAGCUAUAUUAAUGAUUAUAGAUAUAGUGGCCUGUCAAAGAAAGAUGUCUUACAUUAAAAAAAAAAAAGGUGUUUUAUUUUUGUUAGCUGUCAUAUUUAUUAUUGUGAAAAGGCAACCAUGAUGGCCAUAAGAACCAAAGCAUGGGUAUUGCAUUGCACAAGUCUGGGUAUCACAUCGAUGCACUUUGUAAUUAUCCAUGUGCUUGUUCUUCACAGAUUAUCAUAGGAAAAGGGAAAAAGAAAUAGCCUUUUAAUGAGGAGAAAGAUGAUAUGAAUGUUAGUAGUGGAUGACACUGAGUCCAAAUAAUCCCGAAUCCUCGAAAUAAAGAUUAAUAAUGUCAAUUCUGUGUGUGUGUGUGUGUGUGUGGCAUGUGUGUGUGUGUUCAAGUAUGUACAUGAGGAAAACGUUAAGGUUUCCCAUCAGUCAGGAAACAAAAGGUUUAAAACUCAUCUUUCUUAAAACUUAUUGUAGGGACAAUAAAGGCACAGGGAAAACAACGUUUUUUCUAAAGGUAACUAACUGGACCAAAAUUUCUGUCCAAAUAAGGACGUAAGUGAUAAAAUAAAAAAUAUAAACCUUAAACAAACUGAAAUGGCACCUCACCCAAGGGAUUUACCCUUGAUUCAAUUUAUCUGUUAAUUUUCCUAGGCUUUUUACUAAUCCAUUUUUCCCAUGGUUUAGCAAUGGCAACAUGGUGUUUACAAAUAUUCCUGGGGGGAAAUAAUCUAGUCACCAGUAAAAAAAAGAAAUGUUGAUUUCCCUUUUGUUUGCUCUGGAAGGAAAAGGACUAUUUACCUUAAUUACUACCAAAAAUACUGUUUAAAUUCUGUACAAACCUAAGCAAGAUAAGUGUAUAGCUCAUUUCACAGUGGGAGACGAUUGGCUAAAACAGGCCUCAUUUAUUAGGACUAAGAAAACACUAAGAAAACAUUUCUAAAGUGAAAAGUAAAGGUAAGCAUUACAGUAUUAUCAAUAAAAGAAGACAUGGUGUUUUAAAACCAUUCUCAAAGUUAACUUGUAUAGGCUUUGACUUUCUUGAAUGAGAAAAUAUAGCUCCCUAGCAGUAUAAAAGUCAACAUUUUAUUCUGCUAUUCUUCUGACCUUUUUAAACCCUGAACUCCCGAAUGUAAAUCUUUUAAAAAGUUGUCCUGCAAUGGCUCCUUAUGGUUUAAUUUAAAUUAUUACAUGCACUUAAAACCUAAGGUUAUUUUCUUCUUAUAGUCUAUGUGGCAAUAGUACAUUUGCCCUUUCAGUUAAAGGAUUUGGCUUUGUGACAAUGCUUUUGUGGACUGGAUAUACCUUUCAAAAAGAAAGAAUGACUUUUUUGAAGCAUGUUUACCUGCUCACUUAGGAAGUAAAAUGGAUUGAAACAAAGGACUGAAAUUGAAGAAUGAACUUACAGUUCUGUUAAAAACUUUGGCUUUUUAUAAUCACGAUUCUCGAGUUUUAUCAGUACCAUAAACCACAACAGUUAUGCUGUUCAUUUUUUAAAGAACUGUCACUUUUAUUGUAUAGAAUUAAAGAUUAAAUUGUAAAAGAAUGAAACUCAAAGGUUUUUUUUUUUUAAGUGAAGCCCCAAAAGCAAUGAAGCUUAAGUAUAAACACAAACAAAACAAAAAUGAAAAAAAAAAUCAAAACAAAAAUGAUCCCAUCAACCUACGAUACAGCAAUGGAGAAACUAAAGGAAGAUAGGUAUGUAUGGAAGAAGUCUUUCAAAAUGCCCCAGAAUUAAAAGUCUCACUGAGCUGCUGUUACAUGUGAUUCUUGUCCCAGUGAGAUGGCCUCAUGGUUACAUUUAUCUUGUUUUGCGACACACCCCUAUAACAGCUACUCUUUGGAAAAUUAGCUCCUUAUUAGGGCAAUGACAUCACAGAUAUCAUAUCCGUUGUUGGGGAGAGGUGAGGAAGAUCAUUCCAUCUGCUUGACAUAGUUUGCCUUGCCUGGCCAAUGAAUAUCGUGGAACAAAGUACUCUUAAAACUUAUCAUUAUUGUAGUUGUUAUAUGAUAAUUGUGUAGGACUUAACGCUUUAAUUAAGAAAGCUGAAAACCUUUUUCCUUUCCUUAAGUCAGCCCAAAGGUGCUAUUUUACAUAUCAAUACAGUUGAAAGGAUGUACUGUUAAUUUGGGCUGCAGUGUUUUGUCCACAUCUGAAGAAAGCCCAUUUUGAAAUUGGAUACUGCAUUAAAACAAACAAGGAGAAAUUUUAACUGUGCAAUUUUUGAGGUUGAGCAUUUGUACUUUUUUGGUUUUACCCAAUUCUCUUGCAUUAACAAUUUACUGUUUUGUGAAUAAUGUGUACUAAGACGAAUUAAGGAAAAGAAAAUAAUUAUCUGUGAAAGACUUUGUAUAUUAAACAAGUGACUCAUA